AAGCAUUUUUACUUUUCACUUUCACAUUCACUUACUUUCACACACUCUCGGGGAAAGAUAUCAGUCAUCACAAGAACGAUCCUUCCGAGACUAUAAAAGAAAUCAAAAAAAAUUCAAAAAGACUCUUUUUUCUUUUCCCACCCUCUUCUUCUUUUAUCUUUUUACUUUUCUCACUCCUCCUCGUCCUCCUUGCUUUUUUUCUUUUUCUUUCUUUAUCUUUUCCUUCUUCCUUCUUCCGUUUCCUUCAUUCAAUUGUCUCUCUGUGUGUAUAGUCUUAUUCUCUCACAGUCUUACUCUUUCAUCUUCACAGAAACCUCAUUCCUUUCUAUUCCAUCAACUUUCUCCUCACCCUGACGACUCUCCUACUACACAACUUCCUUCCAUCAUGAGGUCUCCCUUCCCCUCUGCCGCAGAGGCGUACGCAAAGUCUCUGCACCAAGAGACUGGUAGUCGGCACCAUCCUGAUGCUCGUCUUACCAUCUUACCUCUCCCUUCCCUCGCUGCCCUCUACCCCUUAGAAGAAUCCUCUUCCUCCUCCACUUCUAUUCCUUCCCCACAUUCUCCCACUGAUCGUCCUCAAUCACAAUAUUCAGCCCAGCAACAAAAUCGUCAUCAACCCUCCUAUCAAUCCUAUGACGCACGCUUCCAAAAGGCCCCUUCUUCUUCCUCUUCUUCUUCUUCUUCUUCUUCUUCUACCACUACUACAACUACUACGCCUACUACGACUACACCUGCUGCCCCUGCUCCAUCACAGUUGAGCAAUUUAGACGCAGAUGCAAGGACCAAUAAAAAUGAGUACAUGGGCACUAAUAUGGAAUCACUUUUGGAUGCAGUCGAAGUCCACUCAAACAUGCUUGCAUCCGAGGUCUCUGGAUCCUCCUCCAAUGGCUCCCUCUCUCCUUGCCUUAGCUCCCACAGCCUUUCCUCUGCUCCCACAUCCCCUUCUUCUACCACAGAUCAAUACCUCUCUCUAUCUUCGUCCUCUGACCCUUCGGUUUCAUCAAUCACUGACAGUCACACAAAGAGCACACGGACCAACUGCAGUCCCUCUCACAGGCGAAUGUCCAUUAGUAACCUCCUUGACGACUUUGAGCCACACUCGCACUCGUACUCACACUCACAACGCGACAUCAACUCUGACCCAAAAUCUGAGGAUAUUCCCCGCCCACGUCACAAGCCAAUGCUGCCUCGUCCAUGUUCACCUUCAAAUAUCCCUAAUCAGGUCACACAUAAGCGCAAAUGGUCACGCCUCAGUACUCAUCCUGCGGACGAAUCCCGCAAUCUAAAGACCCCUCGCGUGAUCCCUACCUCUAUCGAUAGACCAUUCAACAUGUCCACAGUGGUUGAGGGACUCUUGGAGGCUGCACCCCAUAGCCAACCAAGCACCUCAAUGGAGGAUGUAAAAACCAGCAACAAUAAUGGCCCUAUGGAUCGUCUAUCCACAAUCACCACCGUUUCCCCUUCCUCCACCACUACUAGUACUACCACAACCAUUAGCUGCUAUCAUGCUUCAGUCGCUCAAAAAUCUUAUGGAUCUGAGAAGCGCUUCUUGUGUCCACCCCCUAUUGUCCACAUUGAGGGUCAGCUGGAUGAUUCUAUCCUAGGGUUGACAAGCAAACCCCAGGUGGCCAUGUCUGUCAUUUGUGAAUCCGGUGACAACACACUUGGACAACGCUCAACAUUGGAGGAUGAUCAAUCCAGUACUUUCCGCUAUCUAUACGUCAGCGGCACCGCCAAGGCCAAAGCAUUUCAAUUGAAGCUUCAGGUCUAUGGACGGACAUGCUUGCCCAAUGGAUUUGUCUCUGGUGAUUCCUCUCAGUCUUCUUCAAUGACCGAGAACAAUGGCACUGUUACAUCUCAAUCAGAAUUAGACCUCCCUGAGCCUAUUGCAGAGUUUCAAUCUCAACCCAUUGCCAUCAUUUCCAAGCCUUCAAAGAAGACUGCAAAGGCUCGUAACGUCUCGUCCUGUAUCCUUGCUGGUUCCUUGGUCUCACUCUUCAACCGUAUCAACUCACAAACAGUCCGUACAAAGUACAUGUCUGUCCAUGAUAGAGGGCUCUGCGCAAAGAGCUCGACCUGGUCUGCAUUCACCAUCUCUAUUGUCAACAAUGGUCCAACUUCGCCUGCCUCUGCCCGUAAUGGACCACCAAAGCCACAUCAGCGUCAACCUACAGAACAAGGUGCAUCCCCCAUCACUUAUGGCGCUGAAAUCAUCUUGACAGAGUCUGUUACGGGUCUUCAGUCCGACCGCCUCAUCGUCUGUAAAGUCGAAAACGGUCGGAUCUUGCAGGGUGCUAUCGGACCCAUUUGUCAGAUGCAAAAGGUGGCGCUCAUGUCGAUGGAGCGCACCAAGGACGGCAUGCCUAUGUAUCUUGGUGCAGUGGGUGAUGAUCAUCCGACCGGGCGUUUCAUGGAUCACUCGACCUCCACCAGAACUGUAUUGCGUUAUCAAGCCUCCACCAUGACUGAGCAUUCUAAGCCCGGUGGUGAUGAUUUCUUGUGCUGGACCAUCGUUGGUAUUUCCAAAUUCGAAUAUGCUGUGGAUCUUCAUUGACGACACAUCUGAAG